AAUAAAUUAGUUUUUCAAAACCUCGUCAACAGUUUUCGAUCAUUCCUGGACCUUAAAUAUCGUCUUUACUUUUUCAACCAGAAACGCAAGAAAAUCUUGUUUUGCUGUAUAAAAAGUGGCCUUUUUAUUACCAAGGAGUUUACACGAGGGAACUUGUUCAAGUCUAUAGACAGAACAUGUGGCCUACGUCUUCGUCUCUCAAGAACUUGAGAUGGAUGUGGCUAGUUAUUUGGGCUUGCUGUAUGUUACAAAUCCACGCUCAGAAAUCCAAUAAUCCGCCAGUUUCAGUUAAAGAUGACUUUAUGGACAUACAUAUCCAUACUGUAAGCAAAUGUCCAAAAGGAACUUUCCAGAAAGACCGCUAUUGUGUUACCAAAUGUGGACCCGGCUUUUAUGGGGAUACUCAAUAUGGGAACUGCUUUCGAUGCUCCAAAGCCUGCCGUACGUGCCUUGAUGGUCCUUUUAAUGACAAGUGCUCAAGCUGCUAUGAACCUUUCCUCUUGAAUGGCAAAUCCUGCACAAAAGAAUGCAAUGAAUUUCAGUGGAAACAAGGACCCCCUUCACGAAAUAUAAGAUUAGUCGGGGAUAACAGUCAUUUUGAGGGACGUGUUGAAGUAUAUCGAGACAACACCUGGGGAACCAUUUGUGACGAUGGUUUUGACAUUAAUGAUGCUCACGUGAUAUGUAGGGAAUUGAUGUUGGGUGACGCACUUUCUGCGGUAUCUAGAGGAGGGCUAGGUAAAGGUGAUGACAGCCAGCCAGUAUGGCUAACUAAUCUUCAGUGCACUGGCAAUGAAACGAGGCUAGAUGAAUGCUUUCAUGAUCCUUGGGGAAAACACAACUGUGGUCAUUUUGAAGAUGUUGGUGUAAUUUGUUCAGGCCCUGAUUCAACCCGGCGGUGUGUUGGAAAGUGUGGUCCAGGGUUCUUUGAAGUCCCAAACAGCCGAAACUGCGGUGUCUGCUCAUCCAGCUGCCUUACUUGUGCAAAUUCUUCUGAUUCAUGUUUGACUUGUGACCGGUCCCUGUUUUUAAAAGAUAACAAGUGCGUUUCUGACUGUGGCGAAGGUUAUUUCGGCAGCCCAGACAAAGGAUUGUGCAAGAAAUGUGAUACUAAUUGUCGGACAUGCACCGGAAGCCCAUCAAAUUGUAUUGGAUGUGCUGAUGAUCGUUUCUUGUCAAACAACACUUGUGUCACUACAUGCAGCAACGUUCAAGUAGGUCUGAAACGCCGAGUCCGUUUAACUGGGAAGCGGUCUUCUUCUUAUGAAGGGCGGGUGGAGGUUUUACAAGACAGAGGAAUUUGGAAAACGGUUUGUGAUGACUCUUGGGACUUUCGAGAGGCUACUGUAGUAUGUCGACAGUUAGGACUUGGCCGUACAAUCAAGGCAACGCGUGGAGCAACGUUUGGUCCAGGAUCGCUGCCUAUCUGGUAUGACACGCUGUCUUGCGCUGGGACUGAGAAAAGUAUAUUUGACUGCCCUACCAAAGGCGUUCUGUGGAGUAGUCGUUGUUUUCAUUCCAAGGAUGCGGGAGUCAUUUGUGCAGGACCUCAGACAGGACAAGCAUUAACUAAUUUGUGUGUAAGUCAAUGUCCUGAAGGAUAUUACAAGUCUUAUAACGACGUUUGCACGCCUUGUUCCUCAUCGUGUGCAGCCUGUAUUGGAUACUCUACCCGUUGUACUAAGUGCAAAGCACCUAAGUUCCUUAAAGAUUACUCUUGCAUAGAAACCUGUGGUGGCUCACAAUAUGGACACACUCCAACUAGAACUUGCAAAGUUUGCGAUAAGAAAUGCGUGACUUGCGCUGAUGGUGUAGAUGGGACAAAUUGUACAUCAUGCAGUGAACCCCUCGCACUCAAAGAUGGCAAGUGCACGUCCUCCUGUAAACCAAACCUUUUUCGCUACAUGGGUAAAUGCAUCCAAGACUGUCCAAUGGGCUUCUAUAAAUACGCGGUUAAUUUUACAUGUGUGCGUUGCCCUGACAAAUGUUUCACUUGUCAAGACGACAAAAGCAAAAAGGCUCCUACGUGUAUCAUGUGCAAUCCUCCAUCUGUUUUUGAUGGUACGAGUUGCGCGGAUAACUGUACUUCAGGAAAGGUUUCGGUGGCUAUUAUGAAUGCAACUGGGUCAAGCACUGUUCGAUUAGUUAAUGGUUCUGAUUACCGAGAGGGAAGGGUGGAGAUCUAUCAUGAUGGAGUAUGGGGGACUAUUUGCGACGAUGGAUGGGACUUUAUGGAAUCAAAGGUAUUGUGCAGGCAACUGAAUCUUGGCAGUCCAGUCUCCAAACCUCUAUCACACAUCGCUAAAGGAACUGGAAAGAUAUGGCUGGACGAUAUGUUUUGUAUUGGUAGAGAAUCUGCUCUCGAAGACUGCCGCCAUCGGGUUUGGGGACAAUCGAAUUGCAACCACAAUGAAGACGUUAUUGUCCGCUGCUCGGGACCAGGAAUAAGGAAGUGUCAAGACAAGUGUUCUGCAGGUUUUUAUGCUCGCAAUUCCGUGUGUGAGUUGUGCGACACCUCAUGCGCGACGUGUGAUGGUAAUGCAACCAAUUGCAUCAAAUGUGCAGAUGGAUACUACAAGUACGACUCGAUUUGCGUACGAAGUUGUGGUCGUGAAAGGUAUCUUGAUCAAGUAAAGCAAGAAUGCCUACCAUGUAAUUCAAAAUGCGAUACGUGUUAUGGCACUCCUAAAAACUGCACGUCGUGUGUACCGCCCUUAUAUAGAAAAGGUUCGGAUUGUCUACAGAACUGUGGUUCUUGGUAUAAACCAGCUACAACGCACGGGAUACGAUUGGUCAAGGGAAAGACCUCCUUGGAAGGGCGAGUCGAGGUCUUAUAUAAUAAUGAAUGGGGAACGAUCUGUGAUGAUGGAUGGGAUUUGAAUGAUGCAAGAGUGGUUUGUCGUAUGCUUGGCCUUGGGAACGCCACCAAUGCUUUCUCGCUGAGCAAGUUCGGACAAGGUUUUGGAAGAACCUGGCUUGACGAUGUCGCAUGUCUUGGAACUGAGACUACUUUAGCGAAGUGUGGACAUCGAGGCUGGGGGACCGAAAACUGUGAACAUACUGAAGAUGCAAGUGUACGAUGUGCUGGCCCAGACAACUCACGUGACUGUAUUAAAGAUUGCACCGAUGGGUAUUACAUGAGCGUGAACAAAACAUGUGGAAAAUGUAGUCCAGACUGCAAACUUUGUGCAAUAUUCCCAGACAACUGCACUGCAUGUGAAGCCAAUGAAUUCCUUAACAAGUCCUCUGCGAGAAAUACAUGUGUUCAAGACUGUGGCGAUGGAUUUUAUGCCGAAGCUUCUAGUAACCAAUGCAAGCCGUGCAGUGUGGAUUGUGCUGCCUGCUUUGGCACGCCUAACAAUUGUACAUCUUGUGUUUCCCCCAAGCUACUAGAUACUGAGCGUCACAUGUGUGUCAAAACAUGUAAUGCUAAAAGUAUUAUAAGUGGCAUCGAAGAUAUAAGAUUGUCUGGUACAAACAAUACGCUCGUGGGACGCUUGGAAAUCAAAUACAACGGAGAGUGGGGUACAGUUUGUGACGAUAAUUUUGAUAUCAAGGACGCUCAAGUCGCUUGCCGUCAGCUCAAGUUAGGUACAGCAGUUUCGUUCAAGCACCAAGCGUUUUAUGGAAGAGGCAAAGGUAAAAUACUGCUCGAUGAUCUACAUUGUAUUGGAACAGAAAAGAGGCUUCUUGACUGCAAGAUGAAUUCAGGUGGAAUAGGCAUUAAUAACUGCGGUCAUACAGAAGACGUUGGAAUCGCCUGUAAAGGUCCCGACACGUCAAAGAGGUGUAUUUCAAAAUGUCCUGAUGGUUUUUUCGAGCAAGCUGGAGUCUGCCAAAGAUGCUCACAGUCUUGUAAAACUUGCGAUGGAGGUGCUGACAAAUGCAAGAGUUGUUUCGCUCCGUCAUAUCUCAAUCUUAGAAGCUGUGUCGAUAAGUGUCCUUUGGGUGAAUAUGGGAAUACGAAGAUACGAAAAUGCCUCGUCUGUAGUUCGAAUUGCCAAACCUGCCUCGAUGGAGAAACUGACGCUUACUGCAGAACAUGUAAAAAAGGAAAAGUCUUAAAAGGAUCCAAAUGUGUUGAAUCUUGUGGUGCAAUGCAAUCUGUAGCUGCACUUCUUCCGUCUCGACCGUCUACUCCUUCAGUACGCUUGGUAGGCGGCAAGAGUAAGCAAGAAGGCCGUGUUGAAGUGUUACACGAGGAGACUUGGGGUACCGUCUGUGAUGAUAACUGGGACUUAAAAGAUGCGAACGUUGUAUGCAGAGAACUGGGAUUUGGAAAAGCUUUGAAAGCCCCUCUUCAUGCAGAAUUUGGCAAAGGAAGUGGAACAAUUUGGAUGGAUAACGUAGAUUGCUAUGGUUAUGAGAGCUCUCUUACUCAAUGCCGUCACCACGGUUGGGGAAUUAAUAACUGUGACUCGUUCCACGGCGAAGAUGCCAGCGUGGUUUGUGAUAACACCACUAUAGAGGAUAUUGCUAAUAACUACUGCAGGGAGGUGUUAUCGCUGACCUGCAAAGAUGAUAAUCCUUGCUUUCCUUCAGUCACGUGUGUUGAUUUGUCUGUUCUUACCAAGUCGGGGAAAAAAGAGUCAAUAUGUUUGGAAUGUCCUGACAAAUACAUAGGAGACGGGAUAACGUGUAGAGCUGUGUCUUCUCUUGAACCUGUUUUUGGCACCAAACCUCCAAAAAACAUAACAUUAACGUCAGGAAGUGUACUUCGUAUUACAUGCCGAUCAUCAUCGUCGGUCUCUCCUCGAGUCAAUUCUCUUAUUAAUGACUGGAAGAAAGAUGGAAAGCCUCUUAAUCGGGACGACAUCGUGUCUAAAAGAAUAACCGUUUCUAGUGGUCAGCUUGUAGUGCACGAUGUAGAACAGUCUGACUCUGGUAACUACACAUGCUCAUUGACGAAUACCGCUGGAUCAGUGGAAGCGACCACUGAUGUCACUAUAAACGAGUUUCCCCGAAUCCGUGAUAUUUCUCCUAACGUUGUGACGAAAGGGAUGACAGGAUAUAUCAGUUGUUCCAUCUCCAGCUAUCCACCAGCUAACAUAACAUGGAAAAAGGAUGGAAAAGAAUUGACAUCUCCUCGCUUUAUUUCGUUUUCUUCGAAUUUUACCCUCGUCAUUAAAAACGUAGCCGACGAAGACAAGGGAGAAUAUGAAUGUAUUGCUGCUAACGAACUUGGUCAAGUAUCUGCUAAAGUGUCUCUUACUAUUGGACUUCCUCCGAGCUUUGAAGUCUUUCCCAAAGAUCAGAGAACCUCCAAAGGCGAAGCAAAAACUCUCAAUUGCAAAGCGAAAGGAGAACCUAAACCAACAAUUACAUGGAAAAGAGAAGGAAAUGUUAUUACCCCGGAUGAGAAUCACGUGAUCGGAGAAGGCAAACUCACCAUCAAAUAUAUCAAUAUGAGUGACAUUGGUAUAUACUCUUGCAUAGCUCGAAACCCUCAAAAGAUAAUUGCAAGUUUCGCUUCCAUCAUAUUAAUGGGCACACCCUCGAUUGAUGUUCCACCCGUAAACAUGUCAGUACUUACUGGUGCAAAUGUGUCAUUUUACUGUCGAGCGCUUGGACACCCAAACCCCACGAUUACCUGGAAAAGAAACUCUAAAGUUGUCCAAACAAAAUCUGGUGCCGGCAAUGUAGUUGAAGACAAGUUAACCCUAGUAGAUGUAAAGAUGUCAGAUGCUAGCAUGAUAACAUGCGAAGCUAGUAAUGAAUAUGGAACCGCAUCGAAAUCUUCCUUCCUGAUUGUAGAUGGAAUGUCGGGAAUAACAAUGCUGUCCAGUGCUGCUGCAAAAAGUGAAGGACUUAGUACAGGUGCCGUGGUUGCUAUCGUCGUCAUUCUCUUGAUAAUACUUCUAGUCAUUGUAGGCGUAGUGCUAUAUCGUUACUACAGUGGGAGAGCUGGCCCAUCAACCGCGUUCAGAUACGAGUUGGGUGAUGAUACCGGCAAACCCGACAGGCUUACAGCACUCAAAUUUAAAAUGAGAGGAGGGUCAAAAAAUAGCCACGAACCAAUGCAGAUGUUUGAUGAUAGCAAACCGUUUGUCGAUCAUGAUGGCUUAUAACGUGUGGCUGGCAGCUGGGUUUUGAACUCUUGUUUUAAUGUCGUCAUAAAUCGCGUUAGUCAUACUUGCGUAAAUAGGUAAUGAUACGCAAUAAGUCUACUAACACCUUGAAAUAAUAACCGGGUUGUAACGAUGCUUCGAUUAGCCUUUUUAGUUUGCCAAAAAUAUUUUAAUAUCAUUUUAAAGACUGUUUCAAUUUAAAAUUAGUUUGGAAAUUAAAGAGUCAACACAAAAAUACAAAUGAAAUGCAAAAAUACAAAUGAAAUACAAAGAAUUCACAAUUUUGGAAUUUGAGGUAUUUUUUGUAUUUUUAUGUUAACCUCAGACUCCAGAUAAUUUUAAAACCAUAUCGAGCCGCACGUAAAGGCAUUUUAAUAAGUGAUAUUUGAAACUAAUAUCUAAAUCGGUUUAUGAUGAGGGAGUAUAGAGUAGAAUAAUAUAUAGAGAUCCACCUCGAAAACAGAUUUGAUUCAAGGUGAAAUUUUCUUGAAAUCUGUAAAUUCUUAGCUGGUAAUUCGAAGUUUUUAAAAAGGCUUAAGAAGGAUUUUUUUAAACAAAUUCAAAAGUAGUUUUUUAGGGGUAUUGUGGCUCUCGUCCAUCAAACGUUGAAUAAUUGGUUUGAUAUAGAGAAGGCGCUUCAAAAGUCUCUUUCCAGAAAGCAAUCUAACUGGAAUUGGCAAUCGUUAUAUUUCUAGAAAAAUUACAAGCAAAAUGCGGAAUAAAUAUAAAACACUAGAAACAAGAGACAUUUCGUAAAAACAGUUUUUCUUUUUCUUAAAGAAAUAACAAACCUCAAAGGUAAAAGCGGUGGAUUUUUCCCUUUCCUCCCCCAAAAAAACCCUCAUUGUCGAUAAAAUAUUAGGCAAAAAGAAAGAUUCCUAGUAGAUAUCCGCUAGAUCUUUCCUAUUGUUGUAGAUGUACUAAGGAAAAGAAUUCAUAUUAUUCCCUUAAUUGUUUGAUAUUUAUGA